GUCCCUGUCUGGUCGUAUAGUGGGGGGGGUGUGGUGGUUUUUCACUCUGAUUAUCAUCUCAUCAUACACUGCCAACCUGGCAGCUUUCCUGACGGUUGAGAGAAUGGUUUCUCCAAUCGAAAGUGCUGAAGACCUGGCUAAACAGACAGAUAUCACAUAUGGAACCCUCGACUCUGGAUCAACCAAAGAGUUCUUCAGGCGCUCUAAAAUUGCCUUGUUUGACAAGAUGUGGCAAUAUAUGAAAUCAGCAGAACCCUCUGUCUUCGUCAAGAAAACCUCCGAGGGCGUCCUGCGUGUCAGGAAGUCCAAAGGGAAAUAUGCCUACCUGCUGGAGUCCACCAUGAAUGAGUACAUAGAGCAGAGAAAACCUUGCGACACUAUGAAAGUGGGAGGAAACCUCGACUCCAAAGGCUACGGCAUCGCCACGCCAAAAGGAUCCCCAUUAAGGGCACCAAAAUGAGCUUAUGGAGCAGCACGCAGCUGAAGGUCCUCAUUAUUGUCAGGUUAUAUUCAGUGCUUCAGUAAUGCUUUAUGUUUUUGCACCUGAAUACCAUGGUCAACAUUAAAAAUGCCAGGUAAACACUGCGUGCUCUUGUAAAAUAUAUUGUGUUCUAGUUCUUGUAAACUAUAUUGUGUUCAUCUCAAUUUAAUCAUAAACAUCGUCGUAUAGCUGUGAACGGUGCUGACAGCAAAAAAGUAAAACCAACAAAGCAUGGCAAACAACUUAAAUGGAACUGUGACAGGCUACUCAGACUGCAGGUAGUUCAUGGAUUUGUCGUAUGGAACUUGAGAACAGUGCAAGUUCACAACAACUAAGUUGUAGCAUGACUGGUUGGAGUUUGAUUACAUUGCAUGUCUUGUGAUGUGACUAUUGUGCAUCACUCACACGCAAGUUUGAUGAUGAAACUCUCUUGCAUCACUAGUUUCACUAACUUAUCAACCAUUUGUUAUAUUUAGCUUUCCAGUUGUAUUGUCAGUGCAGAUAGCAUCCAGUCAGUUAAAUUAAACUUGUUAGUCAAGUGUGAUGUAUUUAAGUUGGAUGCAGUGGUUAGGGGAUCUGGAUCAGUGAGAACAUCUGGAAGAACCAGUUGAACUUCGAGAUGUUAAAAGAGCUAGAGAGUUGGUUGCUGACUCAGCAGCAGCAACUAGCAACCCUUUCACAAACUUCUCUCAGUGAAAACCUCAGUUUUAUUAAUAUCGCCUAAUGGAGCUUUAUGUCCAAUCCUUCCAUAUAUCUAAUGUAUGAAUGUUGCUGUUGUGCUGUGACGUGGUAGAACCAGAGACAUCUUUUUUUUUUAUAGGCCUUUAUUCAUGAUUUUUUUUAAUUCAGAACUAAAUACUCAUUAAAGUAUUCACUUACUUUCUGCAAACUUCUCUUCUACGUUUCCGAUGUCUCAGCUCCUAUCAUGAUCUUUCUGUUGUUAUUUAAUGUUGUUUUCUCCACUACUGCAGUCAAAGUGGAUGAUUUAUGUUAUGUAAAUGGCGGGUUCAGUUAAAAAAAGAAAAAAUCCAACAAAAAAACCUUUGGCAUAUAAAAAUCAUAAUAUAAAAAUGUAGCAAUGAUUUCUUAGUCAAUGACAAAUGAGAUGGUCACACUGAAUUUGUAAAUAACUAAAUUGGAAGUGAACUGAGCCUGUGCCAAGUGAGUAGUUACAUUCGUACACCACAAAAUAUAGUGUUUUAAAUGCCCUAAAUCAGCAUUCAUAAAUCACUUAGUAAUACGUGAAGUUUGCUAUUAACAAGUCUGCUUGAUUCACUAGGAAACAGAAUACUACUCUCCAUUAGCACCAAUUUCACCGCAUAUACAUGUACAUCCCGCCAUUACAUCAUUACUUUUAUGAAAAAAACUCUUCCUGCUGGAUUGUCAUUGCUCCGUUUCAAGAAUCUAUAUAUGUCAGCUCUUAAAAGUAAAACAAAGAAAAAACA